ACAAAAAAAUGUCUGCGGGUCCUAAAGUGUCUUUAAUUGAUUUAUCGAAACAAUUUCGAUUUGAAAUAGAUGACUCCAUAAAGGAAAAAAUAUGCUUUGGCGAGACGCUUUUAAUAGGAUGCGGUCAUUUUGAGGCCAAAGCUGAAGAUGAUUCUGAUUCUGAAUGGUCUUGUCACUCAAGUACCGACAGCGAGAUCGAUAAGACCGAUUCUAAAAAACCUCAACCCGAAUAUGAAAUUACAGAUAGAGUAGAGGUGGAAUCUGAAAAACCAAUACAAGCAGACGUCGAACAUGAUUUUCAUACAUUUUUCUUUCCGGACUGUACCAAACCUUUACCACCUACAAACAGUAAAGCAAGUGUCAUUAUGGGUGUGGAUGGAAUGCCACAAAUAAAUACAAAUGUAAAACAAGGCAUAGAGUUUUGUGUUUGUCACCAAGAUUCAAAAACGAUGGAAUGCAAAUGUUUUCUUAAGAUACCAUGCAAUUGCGGUGCAGAAGAAUUACGUGAAUGCACCUGUGCAAAAGCCGAAGGCAUAUGUAUAUGUCAAGAAGGUGAUCCUAAGCCAGAGUGCACGUGUAAACCGAGUAAGACGUGCGUGUGUAAUCCAGACGAUAAAGUUAGACCAGAGUGCCCAUGCGAUGAUCUCAUUCCCUGUAUUUGUGAUCCUACAAGGCCCAACCCUUAUCCAGUGUGCACGUGCAAGCAUAAACCAGGACACGGCAAAGAUGAUGAAAGUUUUGGUAGUUUCGAAGGAGCUGAAGGAGAAUACGAGGCAGUAAAACAUGAAACAAUACCAUGCGAUUGUCAGAAACCGUUACCAAAAAAACGUUGUCUCUGUUUAAAGGGUCAACCUUGCACAUGUGAUAUAGUUUGUGUUUGUGACAUUCGUGACACAUGUGUUUGUGACUCAGAAGAGGGUGAACCACCUAUAUGUGAAAAUCAAGAAUCGAAAUCAAUUUGUAGCUGCCCUAUUCCACAGAUAUGUACUUGUGAUGCGGAACCAGGAGGGAUCUGUAAAUGUUUCCCCGAACCUAAACCCACUGAGUGCACCUGCGGGAAUCCUGAAGAUUGUAAAUGUUUUUCUAUUUGUGAAUGCAUACCUCCUUGUAUUUGUGACAUCCCGCCCAAAAAGAUAGAAUUGGAAUGUAAAUGUUCAGAAUUUAAUUCUGUAGAUUGCACAUGUCAUCCGCAAUCGAUCGAUCUCUCACCAUUAAAAUUGAAAAAAGUUAGGGCUGGGAAGCACAAUUAUAGAUGGUGCCAUGACGUGGAUCCCCGUCAUACAUAUUUUGAUUAUGCUUAUGGAAGACAUGAUAAAAUAUCACAUAAAGAAGAAAAGAGAGAAAAAAUUAAAAUAUUGGGAUUACAUGAAGAAAAAGUAGGAACUGAAACAAGUGCCGGUGAUAUUGGAAUUGAUGCUCCGGUAUACAAGAAGUAUGUUAGAAAGGAAUCUAUAGAUUGCUGUAGUACUCUCGGGGGUAUGAGCAUAAACGUCGAAUGUCUUGGCGAGAGCAAGGAUAAGUUUCUCGUACAAGUUACUUCGCAUUUUUCAAAAGAAGGAGCUAAAGCUGGCACUAAGCUAGUUAGUAUUCUGGAUUGUAACCUGCACACUAUGGAGGAGAAUAGGACAGAACAUAUUCAGAAGAAGGAUACGAUAAAGGAACGUAAGAGUUACAUGGCGAUAUGUGACACCGGAUACUAUAAUAAGAUAACUAAGAUUUGUGGAGACCGAAACGUCGUGAAACGGUUUUAUCACAGCUUUGAAGAUGCGCACUUGUUCUUGCUCGAAGGCGCUAACAUUGUCCUAUUGAGAUACUUUGCGCUUUCCCGAUACAGGGGUAAAAUAAAAACUGACACUGUCCUGUUGGAUGGCUUGAUUUGCGAAAGCAUAUAUGUUUGCCAUGGCGUGAGUCAGGCCAUCGUCAAUGGCAAGUCGAUGUUUGUCUGUAAAGUCGAACGGCAUAUUAUUGAAGCGUGUGGAAUUGUUCAUCAGACGCUGACGGUGCUUUCUCUCAGAGGUUAUUUAAUAUGCCAUGAAUGGGCAGAUAAUAAUUACAUCAUUCACAUCAAUCCGCUUUUGAAAACUACCCCAGAAAAGGAUUUAAUUGAGGAGCACACUCCUCUGCGUAAAUAUUGGCGUGAAGACUUACAGCUUUUGUCAGAUUACCUGGACUUUAAGAGCGCGCGGACAUCAGAGGGCGCUCGCUACACGUCAGAGUCCAGUGCUCUGACCAACGCUGUGCGCGACUACCUGCAAGCCCUUCUCUCCCUGCGCCCUCAAGAGGCCAUUCACUUCACCAGGCACUUCUUCAAGGCCACACUCUCUUCCUUCGACCUGCCUCACAACGACUACUUCGACCCCGGCGCUAAACACGUCAGAUACUUCUUUUUCGAGGAUUAGACUUUUGGAUUGUUUAUUUGAUAGGUAGGUGUAUAAAUUUUUGAAUUAUAUCUUUUAACUG